UCAGUUCGCGUCCACUGGCUCUGCUGCUAAUCAAUUAUCUAACCUCCAAUUCUAACAAUUGAUCGUCAAUUUCUUGAUUUUCUUUCAUGUUUAUGGAGACGUAAUCGCAGCGUCAAUCGCAAACCGAGCAGUCAAAGAAGAAAGGAUUCGGGAAUUGCAGUCGGUUCUCAGUUCCAUGGCUGCAGAAUUGAACUCAAGCUUAUCAUUAUAUGGUUGUGUUUUUGUUUUCGCAUUGCUUGCAGUUCCAUUGGAGUCGGCAGCUCAAGCUUUCAGGAGAGAUCCGGGACACCCUCACUGGCAUCACGGAGCCUUCCAUACCGUCCGUGAUAGUGUUCGACAUGAUGUUCGUCGCAUGCUUCAUUCACGAGCUGAGGUUCCCUUUCAGGUUCCACUUGAAGUGAACAUUAUCCUUAUUGGUUUAAAUGGCGAUGGAGCCUACCGGUACUUCGUAGAUUCACACAAGCUACAAGAGUUUCUGAGAGACUGCUUCCCGUCUCAUAGGCCAUCAUGUCUUGAGACUGGCGAGCCCAUUGACAUUGAACAUCAUAUCAUAUAUAAUGCAUUUCCUGCAGGUCAGGCUGAAUUGAUAGCUCUUGAGAAAGCGCUGAAGGAGACCAUGAUUCCUGCUGGAACUGCAAGAGAGACUGAUUUUGGAAGGGAUGUUCCUUUGUUUGAGGUUGAAGCCACAGCCGUUGAACCCGUGUUUCAGAAGUUAUAUUCCUAUAUAUUUGACACGGAGAAUGAGGGAUAUGCUACUGCUGAGAGGGAUAGACUAAUGCCAAUUGCCAUAUUUCUUGUCAACUUUGAUAAGGUCAGAAUGGACCCCAGACAUAAAGAAAUCGAUCUUGAUAGUUUAAUGCAUGGGAAACUUGACCAGCUAAAUGAUGAAGAUAUGAAAAAACAAGAAGGAGAUUACAUUUAUCGUUAUCGAUAUGAUGGAGGAGGAGCUACUCAAGUUUGGCUGGGCUCUGGCAGAUAUGCUGUGAUUGAUCUCUCAGCUGGCCCAUGCACAUAUGGAAAAAUUGAAACUGAAGAAGGAAGCGUCAGUUCUAGAACUCUACCACGAUUGAGGAACGUGCUAUUUCCAAGAGGAUUUGGUGCAGCUACUGAUCAUUCUACCCAUGAUAAUUUUUUGGGGCAACUUGCUGCCCUAGUAUCAACCACUAUUGAACAUGUCAUUGCCCCUGAUGUCAGGUUUGAAACUGUCGAUAUGAUGACAAGGUUGCUUAUACCCAUAAUUGUCUUGCAAAAUCAUAAUCGAUACAAUAUUAUGGAGAAAGGCCACAAUUACAGUAUAAAUGUUGAAGCAAUUGAGGCAGAGGUUAAAAAGAUGGUUCAUGCUGGGCAAGAAGUAGUGAUAAUUGGUGGUGCACAUUUAUUACAUCGUCAUGAAAAGCUGGCCAUAGCUGUUUCAAAAGCAAUGCGAAGCCAUUCCCUACAGGAAACAAAGAAUGAUGGUCGUUUUCAUGUUCAUACCAAGACGUAUUUGGAUGGAGCUAUCCUUAGAGAAGAAAUGGAAAGGUCCGCUGAUGUGCUUGCUGCAGGUUUGCUUGAGGUGGCUGAUCCAUCUUUAUCUGAUAAAUUUUUCCUUCGCCAGGUUAGCAUAAAGCACUGGAUGGAUGAAAGUGAUGUUUCAAUUGAUUCAGUACUGAAACACAAACCUCACUGGGCUACAUAUCAAGCAAAAUUUAGCAAGAAGGUGAAGAAAACCGAAAAAAAGCCGGGGGAUUUGCAUCGAACUUAUGGAACUAGGAUACUUCCAGUUUUUAUCCUAUCAUUGGCUGACGUUGAUUCAAAACUCAUGAUGGAAGAUGACAGCCUAGUUUAUGCAAGCAAAGAUGUUGUCAUCGUACUCGAGCAUCAAAAUGAGAAGAUACCUUUGAGAUAUGUUUCCGAAACACACAGAAGAUAUGCCGAUCCAUCGCAGGCACAACGUCAUAUAUUGGCUGGGCUUGCUUCAGCUGUUGGUGGUUUGACUGCACCUUAUGAGAGAGCUUCUCAUGUUCAUGAGAGAGCAGUUGUAAAUUGGCUCUGGGCAGCUGGUUGUCAUCCAUUUGGGCCAUUCUCAAACACGUCUCAAGUCAGUCAAAUGCUACAAGAUGUUGCAUUGAGGAACAUAAUAUAUGCACGUGUAGAUUCAGCUCUUCACCGAGUCCGAGAUACAUCAGAGGCUGUCCAAUCCUUUGCAGCAGAACAUCUGAAAACUCCACUUGGCGAGCCGGUAAAAGGAAAGAAGAACAAGACAACAACCGAUCUAUGGUUGGAGAAGUUCUUUAAAAGAACCACCAACUUGCCCGAACCAUUUCCCCACGAAUUAGUCGAACGGCUCGAGAAAUACUUGGAUAACCUCGAGGAACAGCUCGUGGAUCUGUCGUCGCUAUUAUACGACCAUCAUUUACAAGAUGCAGAUUUGAACAGUUCGGAAAUAUUCCAGAGCUCCAUUUUUACACAGCAGUACGUGGAUUAUGUGUUGAUCGAAGAGAGAGAGAAGAUGAAGUGCUGCAGCAUUCAGUAUAAAUACCCAGUGGAGUCGUCUCAGAAUUUCAUGUAUGGAGGAAUUCUUCUAGCUGGGUUUGUAGUUUACUUUCUUGUCAUCUUCUAUUCAUCACCGGCCCACUAACUAAAACUAUUUAUAAUAUUUAAACACGUUUCUCAACCAAUAAGAAUUUAGAUAAUGAUUUUUUUUC